UGCUAGCUGUGCUGUGUUGUAAAGUUAUCAGUUUACAGGUUGAAGAAUGGGGAAAGAUGGCUUUAGAUGUGUUGAAUGUAACGAAAAAGCACCAGAGUUACACCGGGAUUACAGCAACGGGAUCCUGAAGAUAACAAUAUGUGAGUCGUGUCAGAAGCCAGUGGACAAAUACAUUGAAUAUGACCCAGUUAUCAUCCUGAUUGAUGCCAUUUUGUGCAAGACGCAGGCUUUUAGACACAUUUUGUUCAACACGAGCCUGAAUAUCCAGUGGAAGUUGUGUGUGUUCUGCCUGCUGUGUGAGGCGUACCUCAGGUGGUCUCUGCUGCACGGCACCGAGCAGAGCAGCGACCCCGCAGACAUCAUCCGGUACACCAAGGAGUGGGAGUUCUACGGCAUGUUCGGAUUGGCCGCCCUCGAGCUGUCAGCGUUCUGCGUUGCCGUGCUGUUGUUCCUCAUGGUGGUGGUGGGGGGUCUGCAGGGCGCGACCCUCGACCUCCGCCUGCUGCUCCGGGCUCUGCUGCUCUCCUGCUACGGGAAGGUCCUCCUCAUCCCCGCCGUCAUCUGGGAGCACGACCACUCCCCGCUCUGCCUGGGCCUCAUCAAGAUGUUCGUGCUCACCUCCAACUCGCAGGCUAUCAGAGUGAUCCUGAACAGCAGCAGGCGUCUCUCUCUGUUGGCCGUGUGUGUCGGCCUGCUGUCAGAGACCUGCGUGGCUCAGGCCUCUGAGAAGCUUCUGUGGAGCGCCCAGGACAUUUUGACUUUUGAUUGAACGUCCUCAGACUGAGAGAACUGUCAGUUAUCUCAGGGAUGGACAAGUGAUGCCAAACUGUGCCAGGGAACCCACUACACAGAAAGGUGUUUGCUGCUCAUAUCCAGUUCUCAAUCUGAGACAGAGACCAGCAGAAGAGACAUUAUAAUGACUUUUAUUCUGUACUCUUUACAGAGAUAUGAUACAUCUUCAUUUUGGAGAGAUAUUUAGGAGGUGACGUUGUUUUUUUAUCGUGGUUUUAAAGUGGAUAAUGUGCUUAAGAUUCCUGUCAUAUUUGAAUAAUGUGACAAUAAGUACUUCUCUGUUCGGACAGGACUGUGACUACACUCUUCACAUUCUUUGGCUCAUUGGGGAAAUGCUUCGCUUAACAAACACACUCACACACACACACACGGUACAUUGUGAGAAUAAAUGGGGAUAAUUAAUAAAUAAAGAAUCCAGGAUUUACUUUCCCUUUAUUUAUUCCCAUUAUAUAUUACAAUGCUGAAAGCUUAUAUAGCCCAUACUGUAUAUAGGAGGGACAGUGACAGCUCAUGUAAACGUUUGGGUUUGACUAGAUGUGGAUUUUGCAUUAGUAUUAAUCAAUUACAUCUCAGAAGAGAACGAAAAAUGCCAUAGAAAGCGCAAAGUGAUGGCUUCAAUUUGCUUUUUUGUCUGACCAACAGUCAAAAUACUAGGGGUGGGAAUCACCAGGCUCCCCACGAUCUGAUACUAUCGCGAUACUUAAGCCACGAUACGAGAGUAUUGCGAUUAUUCUACGAUAUGCUAAGUAUUGCGAUACGAUAUAUUGAGAUAUUAUAAAUCACAAACCCUGGUUAAAAAAUGUAUUUGCAAUAUGAAUAGUUUAUCUAAAUAACCCAAUUUGUGUUCUUUGAACCUGAAAAGGAGAUGACAUUGUUUUUGUUACUUUCAUUGCAAUUGUAUACAUGUCUUAACGUAACUUCCUGUUUUAUAUACGACCAUCUUUCGGAGGGAUAUGCUACACUUUAUAUAAAAAAUAAAUAAAGUUUAUAUAA